AUAGCCGUACCCCGCGCGCGGCACGGAAAGAUCUCGCGGGCGAUGUUCUUGGACGAGGCAUCUCGCAUGCAAAACUUUCGCCAAGUCGGCACAAAAGCCACUGGCCAGCUGAAGAAAGGGGCUGGCAUGUCCAGGCAGCACGCGGAUGCGUCGCGGACGACGUCGUCGAUUCCGUCCAAGUUCGAAACGAUUCUCAACUUGGGAGAGCGAGAAACAAACGCAUUUGGUAGCCGUACGAACCGGUUUGGCGAACCUGAGAACGAGCUCCCUGGACCAGGCGCGUACUACAAACCACCGUCGAUGGUCGUCACGCAUGCAAAAUCUGGCUCUGUUUCGAAGAAAGGCAUGGGCACUGGCUUUGUAUCCAAGGUCAAGCGAUUCAACGACUCGAACCACGACCCCGUGCCAGGACCUGGGCAGUACACUGCGACGAUGCUGGAGAAGUCGAAUUUCAACCGACGAAUUGGACUCAGCAGCUUUGCGCGUGUGGAGCGAAUGGCGAACCAGUCUGCCGGCAGUGCGCCCGGCCCUGGCGAGUACAACCAGGCAGUAGACGGGUUCGAUGCCCGUGUUGAGAAAGGAAGUCGGUCCGUGUUUGCGUCUCGAACGAAUCGAGGGUUUGUGCCACGCGCAGAGGGACCAGCGCCAGGGCAAUACGAAAACGUGCUGGCACUGGAGCAAGAGAUCCGUCGAGGGCAAUCACACGCGCAGAGCAUCUUCAAAUCGACCGUGCGACGGGUGGAAACGCCCAAGCAGAGUGUUCCAGGCCCGGGGGCAUACAGAGUGGAAGCAGCAGAGCAUUGCCUAAGACAUGACACGACUGCACAAGCCCAGGCGAGCAGCAUGUUCAAGAAAGGAGCGGCCGAUCGAUUUGGCCGCGCACUCGAGCGGAAAACAGACGUAUUUGAAGUCCCCGGACCGGGUGCGUAUGCAAGCGACCGCGACGAAGCUACGACGUCGUCAACAGUCGCAUCGUCUGUGUUUAAGUCCAACGUCAAGAGAUCGCAAGGGGAACGAGCGACAAAAGCCCCUGGCCCUGCGUUUUACAAACCGAGCAGUCCUGGGAAGAAGUCGCAUUUGCUGAAUGGGACUAAGAAGUGGCUCUAACGUCAUCCCAACCCCACCGGCAAUCCAUUGACUGCUCACCGAGGCGUCGCGGCCGGCCCAUCUUCGCACAGAUCGCUCGCUCCACCGCUCGAUCGGUUGUGGCAAUUGUUUGCGUUCACUCCCGAUGGCUCUAAUCGCCAGAGUAACGUCCCAUGUGGCAAAUCGAGGUCGGCAGGUUAUAUUAUUAUCUGCA